AGGUUGCGCUACUGUAUGAUGACCUACGGUAGUAUUGUGUAAAUCCAUUGGUCUGUGCCAUGCAUGCCAGUCUCCGGCGAUUGUGAUGUCAGAGGGAAUCUGUCUGCGCUCACAGCAUGUGGAGAUUUACAGCAGCGCGGGAGUAAACAUGAAUUCAGAUCACGACAAAAAUAAACAGCAACAGCUGGAAAACCAGUGAGUGAUGAGCGCUUUCAUAAGAGGACUGAUGAAAGGCGCAUGUUAAUCAUCACUGGCAUCACCAUGGCAAUAGAGACAGAAUAUGAAUUCAGACGGUACGUCGACUGAACCGCCAGACAACAGAAAAAAGGCAAAUGUGAUAACAGUUCCCAACAAGUCAAGCUCUUUCUCCAAUAUCCACAUCCUUGGAUCAGAUGUGCUUCAGCCAAUAUCGGACGCAUAUGGAUCAUCUGUACAUCUUGUAUUAAAGAACCAGAAAUCAUAUCUCCACAGAUCAGCCAGCGGGCUGCCACACGACCCACACCGCCUGCUACAUGAUCUCCUGGAAAACAGAGCUCCGUGUCUUUGUGGCCGCUUGCCGAUGCUUUUCAGAUUGCAAUCUAGAAGACACGAAAAGAUGCCUUCGUGUCAACCUUGAUCUCCAGAUGCUCCUGUCCUAGUAUCUCACCCCCUGACCCUUUACCCCAUCACCCCUCCUCUACCCUUCUCCCCUUAAUUCCCCAUUCAUCUCUCACCCUCUUGACAAUGUUCUCAUGUGUCUACUGGCUUCAGUCUUUCCUCGCCUUGCUAUCCUCUACCUUGUUAACUUGGGGGUACAACUGUCCGGCCAGCUGCUUGUGUCCAGACCAUCAUACCGUGGACUGUACAGGUCAAGGACUCACCCGUCUUCCAGACUCUAUUCCUUUGGACGUAAGGAGACUACUUCUGUCGAAUAACUGGAUUUCUUGGAUCCCCUCUGAUUUUCUGGUUUUAUACAGCGAUCUGGUCUAUCUUGAUCUGAGGAAUAACUCCCUCACCAGAUUAGAACCUGGGACUCUGACCACAUCAUCCAGGUUGGUCUAUGUGGACCUGGGGAGUAACAACUUGACGGAGAUUCUUACCGGGACUUUCGGGGAGUCCCGAAGCCUGAUUAAGCUGCGUCUGGGUAACAAUCCAUAUUUGAACAUGGUCAGCAAAGACGCCUUCUCGGGCCUCACCUCCUUACGAGAGUUGGAGCUUGAGAGAAAUGCCCUAUCCGGACUGGAUGUUGGGGUGCUGAGCCAGUUGCCCUCCUUGCGGGUGAUACGUUUGGAGGGGAACCCGUGGGUGUGCAACUGUAAUUUUGCCAAACUCUUUCUGUGGCUGUUGGAGAAUCAUCACAAACUCCCAACCGGUUUGGAUGGUAUGGAAUGCUCCCUCCCUGUGGAUGGGCGGCAGGUGUCGCUGGGCGUACUUUCUGAGGACAGUUUCCGGGAAUGCCAGGGAAUGCUGACUCUCACAGAUUAUCUCAUAGUGAUUUUUUCUGGAAUUUGUAUUUCGGUGGCAGCCAUUAUUGCCAGUUUUUUUCUGGCUUCCACCAUCCACUGUUUCCAGCGACUCAAAGCCAAAAGGACAGAUGAAGAGGAGGGGGAGGAGUGAGGAAGUCACAACCCCAACCCACGUAUUACCCAUAAUGCACCACACAGUGGAAGCCAAGGGAUUGGAUAAAAUGGUGAACCACAUAAUUUCCAUGAUAAAGAACCCUGCAUUAGGCCAGUCUGAAGGGUGACGGGCAUGCAUCUUACCAUUCAAAAUUUGAUGCUUCAGUGAUGCAUCAUAUUUUUUACUACUUGAAUACCAAUGAUUAAAUUGAGCCUUAAGACUAAAACUGUUAAAUGCAGUUUAUUAAAAUACUGUUUUAUUCCCCUGAAAGUAGUCAAGACAUGAGAUUGCAGUGUUAACAAAUCAGUGGUCUUUUAAUGUGCAAGUGAAUCAGUAUUUUCUACAUGAGUUAUUUUUCAUAUUAUGUAAAUGAAUCUUAGCUACUUGCACUUUAAACUACAGAUGACAUUUUGCACAAAAUCCCAGUAAGCCACAAUGUAGACAAAUAUUUCAUCAAACAUGAUGGCAUUGUCACCAAUGAAUUAACAUAAAUUGAGCAGUGCUGGCCGGUGACUUCUUUUUCGAGGGCGCUCGAUGUGAAGUUCGUCACAACAUGUACAUAGCCCGUCAUGUGCAUAGAUAUGUAUAAAGGCUAGAUGGCUCGCCCGCCCUGCUGGCCAAUUGAGU